CAGGGAUUGAACCCAGGUCUCCUGCAUUGAAGGCAGACUCUUUACUGACUGAGCCAACAGGGAAGCCCAAAUUGCAGGUUGAUUCCGAUAGGUCCAGUAUGAAUCCUGUGCCCAACUCAGAACAAACCAUUUCAGGAAGGUGAAUGGAAGAUGCAGAUUGGUUAGGCUGGACGUCAGGAGUGAGAUUAGCCCUUCCAACAGGCCUGUGGAUUGAGUAAAGGGAAGAGGGAAGUCCCCAGAGAUCAGUCAGGACUCGGGGAGAGAAUCUGGGCAGGCGCAAACUACAGGUGUCCUUUAAAGUGAAGCCAGGAGGUACAGCAGGAAGGCCAGCGAAGAAACCUAGGUUGGGGGGGAGCUGUGGAACCCCUGCAGGGAUCCUCAAAUUUGAACUGAGGGCAUACCAGGACAUGAGUCUGGUUGUGCUGUGGGGCGUGGGCACCAUCCAGGAGGGUGUCUCCAGUCAGCUUUGAAAAGAGAGACACCCUCCCCUGAGGAGGGGGCAGAACUUUGCUUUUACUGCAACACUGUCCCUCUCCUCACCCCUGUGACCUUGGGCUCUUUCUCAGAGAAGGCAGUGGAGGUACAGUCCUGACUACAACUCUUAGCUGAGCUGGGGCCAGAAGCACAAGAAGCUGCCGAGGGGAUUAUGAACUUACCUUCACAAGCGUGCCAGCUGAGUGGGGACAGCUGGGUGACGUGGGACUGGACAGCUGUCUCCAGGGCUGGGCCAGGGGUGAUCUGAAUGCCUAUCUCUCCUUGCCCAGGAGGCAAGAUGGCGGCUGGGCCAAAUGGGCUUGAGGAGUGGGUGGGCAGCGCGUACCUGUUUGUGGAGUCCUCGCUGGACAAAGUGGUCUUGUCCGAUGCCUACGCUCACCAGCAGCAGAAAGUGGCAAUGUAUAGGGCUCUCCGGACUGCCCUGGCAGAGAGUGGCGGGAGCCCCGACCUGCUGCAGAUGCUCAAGAUCCACCGCAGCGACCCGCAGCUGAUCGUGCAACUGCGUUUCAGCGGGCGCCAGACGUGCGGCCGCUUCCUCCGCGCCUACCGCGAGGGGGCGCUGCGAGCCACGCUGCAAGGGUGCCUGGCUCGGGCACUGGCCCUGAACGCGGUGCCGCUGCAACUGGAGCUGCGUGCUGGCGCCGAGCAGCUGGAUGCCGUGUUGACCGACGAGGAGCGCUGUUUGAACUGCAUAUGCGCGCAGAAGCCUGACCGGCUCCGGGAUGAGGAACUCACCGAGUUGGAGGAUGCGCUCAGGAAUCUGACGUGCGGCUCGGCAGCGGGCCAAGGGGGCGACGUGCAAGGCACUCCAGCCCCCUCGCAGUCUCUGGCACCUUCUCCGCCAGAGGAGAAACCGCCACCCCCGCCGCCUGGCCAGACUUUUUUCUUCCAGGGUCAGGUCAUAGGUGAGACUCCCAGAGAAAGGGAAAGGCAGGAUCCUCAGGAGGAUGAAGCUUGGGGAGGGGCGAGGUCUGGGCGGGGUAGUCACGGCGGGAAUGGAAGGGUAUCCCAAGCUCACUCCCUCCCCACUCUCUCUGCAGUGAACCGGCCGUUGAACCUGCAGGAUCAACAGAAGUUCGCCCGCUCCGUGGGCCUCAAGUGGCGUAAGGUGGGGCGCUCUCUGCAGCGCAGCUGCCGCGCGCUGCGGGACCCGGCGCUGGACUCACUGGCCUAUGAAUACGAGCGCGAAGGGCUGUACGAGCAGGCCUUCCAGCUGCUGCGGCGCUUCGUGCAGGCCGAGGGCCGCCGCGCCACGCUGCAGCGCCUGGUGGAGGCGCUCGAGGAGAACGAGCUCACCAGCCUGGCGGAGGACUUGCUGGGCCUGGCGAACCCUGACGGCGGCCUGGCCUAGGCAGAGUACCAGAGAAAGGGGAGGUCAGUCAGUUGCCCAGCCAGGGUUUGGAGCAUCUGGAUGACUGUAGGGUCCCUCCUGCUGCUACUGCUGACCUCUUGUCCACCACGCAACUCUGAGACCACACUUAGCAACCCCACUUAGCUGAGUUGCUGGAGCUGCUGCGCAGAGAUGAUGGCGGCCCUCUCCAGGAGUCAGACAAGCACCCACCGUGUCUGCUGGGGUGCUAAUGGGCAGUUGUGUUCUAGAUACUAGGACAGAGACAGAGUGAAUGGGUGUCUGUCCUAGUAUCUAGAACAGACCUGCUGCAAGGUCUGCUUCACCUUCUCCCACCCUAGAAGGGUUUCAGCCAGACUUUACCUCUUCAUUCAUUAUUAUUCAUUAAGGACCUGCUGUAUCCUAGGCAUCAUCCUGGGUGCUGCAAAUACUGUGGUGAACAAAACACACGAAUCUUGUCUGUAGUCAGUUCACGAUCAGUGUGGGACUCUGAAUAUAAAGUAAUAAAAUACUACUCAUUUUUUGGAUGUGAAAAA